GCAGUUCCCGAUGAAGUGAUCGGACUGGCCAAGGAUGUACAGAUCAACCUGAGGCACUUCUGGCUGCAAGCUGACAACCUUGAGCUGCAGAGAAACAAGGGAAGCAGGUAGCUUUGAAACUGGCCCAGAUGGCCGAGCUCGUUCGGAGGGAAAGGAGCAACGACCUGGUGAGAGUGGCGGAGACUCCCCGGAGACCUGUGGAGCAGGAGAUGAAGAAGUUUGGCUGUUAAAGCAGUUUGGUCACAGAGGGCUCCAACAGAAAACUGCACCAGGACAACACCCCAGCGAGCCGCCCGCAGGCUCGAGUUCUGCUUGACAUGGCCCUGCUCUACUAGACCUGCCAUGACAGCAUUUUUUCCCAGUGUUCCCAACUGGAUUCAAGAUGCAAAGCAGGAGGAGGAAGAGACAGCCUGGAAAUUAGUCCCCAGACCAAGAGGUGAAGAGACCGAAAGUCAGGGAAAAUGCCAGUGUGAACUAUCGGAGCCCUCCUUCCCUCACGUGGACAAGCUGAGAACUCACACGCUUUCCCAUUCGGAGCAGAGACCCUACAACUGCCCCCAGCUGCACUGUGGCAAGGCCUUUGCUUCCAAGUACAAGCUCUAUAGGCAUAUGGCCACGCACUCUGCUCAGAAGCCUCACCAGUGCAUGUACUGUGAGAAGAUGUUUCACCGGAAGGACCACCUUCGGAACCACCUCCAGACCCACGAUCCCAACAAGGAGGCCCUGCACUGCCCCGAGUGCGGCAAGAACUACAACACCAAGCUGGGCUUCAGGCGACACCUGGCCAUGCACGCGGCUGCCAGCGGUGAUCUCAGCUGCAAGGUGUGCCUGCAGACCUUUGAGAGCACCCAGGUCCUGCUGGAGCACCUCAAAGCUCACUCCAGGCGGGCGUCCGGCGGGGCGAAGGAAAAGAAGCAUCCGUGUGACCACUGCGAUCGGCGCUUCUACACCCGGAAAGACGUGCGGAGACACUUGGUGGUGCACACGGGCAGGAAGGACUUCUUGUGCCAGUACUGUGCUCAGAGGUUUGGGAGGAAAGAUCAUCUGACCAGGCACAUGAAGAAAAGCCACUCCCAGGAACUGCUGAAGAUUAAGACGGAGCCAGUUGACAUGUUGGGUCUGCUCAGCUGCAGCUCCUCUGUCGCAGUGAAGGAAGAGCUGAGCCCCGUCCUGUGUAUGGCAUCCAGAGACAUGAUGGGUGGUAAGAGCUUCCCUGGCAUGCUGCCUGUGGGCAUGUACAGCACGCAUCUUCAAACCAUGCCAAGCUCAGGCAUGCCCCAUUCUUUGGUUCCUAAUUCUCUUCCAAUGGGAAUGAGCUAUCCUCUGGAGUCUUCUUCUCCCAUCUCCUCCCCACCGCAACCUCCUCCAAAGUAUCAGCUUGGAUCUACCUCAUAUUUGCCUGAGAAACUACCCAAAGUAGAGGUGGACAGCUUUUUGUCAGACUUCCCUGGCAGCCUGUCUCUCUCAUCUGGUGAGCCUCAGUCCUCUUCGCCUCAGCCACCUGCCCUGGACGAGGCUUUGCUUUCCAAGAGCCCUGCUAACCUCUCAGAGGCUCUCUGUGCUGCUAACAUGGACUUUUCUCAUCUUCUUGGCUUCCUCCCCCUAAAUCUUCCUCCUUGCAAUCCACCUGUGUCGUCGGGGGGAUUGGUCAUGGGCUACUCGCAGGGGGAGGCGCAGCCACUGCUCACCACUUUGCAACAUCAACCUCAAGAGUCUCCCGGAGCUGGGGCCUCGCUGAACUUUGGGCCCCUUCAUUCACUGCCCCCCGUCUUCACCUCCAGCUUGAGCACAACCACGCUGCCACGGUUCCACCAGGCAUUCCAAUGAGCUGGAAAUAGCACUGGAGAACAGAUCUUUCAGCCACCCUUUUGUGGAGAUGGAGAGCCUUAAACACGCACAACUCUUCCUUCCCUGGGGGUGUGAAAGCUCUGCAGAGCUGGGUCAGACGGGAGGUUUCUGAUCUCGGAGGGAGCACUUGUAGACUGGAACAGCUGAUAUCCCGUGUGAGUCCCAGUCCUGUACAGAGGAAUAGACUGGAUAUAUUUUAUCUAAUUUUUAAUCUGUGAAUCAGGAGCCGCGCUUAGCACUGACCUUCCCUGAGAAUCCUGGAGCUAUGUUCCUCUCUGGGAAGGGACUGUCCCUGAGGAGGAGUUGAGGCUCUUUCAUCUUGGGCUAAACUUUUGAAGAGUCCAGCUUCCAUUUCAUGUUAUCACACUGCAAUUCUGGCAAACCAGCCAACACCUCCACAUGGAGAAGAAGUCAGGAUACCCUCUCUGUAUGAAGCCAAUGGGGAAGAGGCUGUCCUUCCCCACUACCUCUCAUCCCAUCACCCAACACAGCUUACUCCACAUCAGUGUUAAGCAACAAGCCCGUUUACAUAGUGAAUUCAGCGUGGUCACCUCAUUCUUCUUCAGGAGCCAUUAGGUUAAACUUGUUACAGUGAACAUUGUUUACACAAUACAAAUCUGUUUCUGCCAGCCAUUACAAAAAUAGGAGGCACCAGAAUACACUGGCUUCAUCUCUGGUGUAGCUAGAACACUGUUUACACAACGAAGUCAGGUUGCACUGAUUUCUCUUCACUUACCAUGUUCUUCCCCCAUGGGGAAAUACACUGCUUUCGGACCACUUCAGCCUCUGCCCCUGUAGGCAGCAACUUCCCACCUUUUCAUGCUGGCUGUUCCAUGUGAAGGGGAUGGAGCAGCUCUCACAGCUUAGCUUGGUGUGUGGUGUAUGGACAGAGCCCUCUUAAAUAUCUCCCCCAGGAAAAGAGAUCUGGAAACCAAAGCAUGUGAGAGAGCUGGGUGAGGAGCUCAGGACAUCGAGCACUGGCGGACCAGGCGUGGGUGAGAACAGGCUGCAGGCCCUGCUCCCUGGGUUCCCUUGGGAUGAGGAACAGAGUAUGAACUUCUGGGGUUUGGGGUUAUUUACCAUAGCCAUUCAGCGAGGUCAGCACCCUUUUUGGCUUAUCCAGGAAGCAGUCUCGAGGUAUAUUUUGACCUCAAUGGUGGUAACAUCCAGAAAUCGAGGAAAAAUUGGUCCCACCUUCAUGUACACACUGUCAGUGUAUCUGAAGCAUUUUCCCCAACACCAGUAGUUCUAACAGAUGCAAGGGUUUUGGCCUGCAGUCACCCUUUCGCUUUGGAUUUGGUUCCACUGGCCUUUUUUGUUCUCUCCUUCUCGAGCCUUCCCUCCUGAAGUUAAAAGUCCUCUAUCCCUUGCUCCCUGCCCCACCUCUUAAACUCUUCCAUGGGCUGACUACCUACCAGGGCAGAAGUGUUACACUGGGAAGUGGCAGCCAGCUACUGAUGUCCUUUAGCAUCUGCAUUGUCUCCUGCUCCCCUUUUCCUGGGCACUUGUACUGCAGAUGGGGACAUACGGAGGUCACUCACUGUGCAUUGAUGCAUGUUGAUGUCUAUGGACAGGGAGAUCUUCAUACCUCAGCAUGGGGGAACCAUUGUAGGUCAAUAUAAACCAGGAAAUCUGUUAAUAUUGUUCUCCAUAAAUCUAGAAGAUGCAAAAUCUACCUCUACUCUGUUAGCUCCUUGGGCAAAGCCAGAUGCUGUCCUCCCUCACCUCCCCAGAGAACAUCCCCUUCAGUCGAUGCAGAUUCCUUCCUGCUGAGCCAUGAUCCCACCGUGUGACAUCAGCCAGGCCUCAUUCGGUCACAGGCUUGUCCCUCUUCUGUUUUACUCCAGAAUUUUAUUUUUAAUUUAGCUUAGUAAUUCUUCCCAGAAUGACUCUUUAGCGAUCCAUUGAUUCUCCAGAACAUAGAUCGGUUGUUUUAGGUUAGCCAGCAAUGCUGCAAAUAAGACUUUUGUAUCAAAAUGUAAUAUAAGAUUUAUUUACCUCAGCAAUAUCCUGUGGCAAUGAUCUCCCCGAGUUGAAUGCAGUACUUUUUUCCUUUUCUCCACUGGAAAAUGUUGCCUUUCCAAGUCCAAUGAGUGCCUUCUUGUUCUCUAACCUAGCAAAGGUAAACAGGGCAUUGCAGCCAGUCUGUUUACCGGCAUUGAAUACCUCAGGCCUGUCUUCUAUUGCUUUGCUCUUUGCAAAUUAAAAGAGUUUCACACUGUUACCAAUUAUAUGCAAGCCUUAUCCCUGUCUUGAGUUGAGAGGAUUAUUAUUUUUUUGAGAAAUAAAUGGUCAGAACUGAUCACUCACUGCCAGUGAGGAUUAUCAGAUUUAUGCAAUGCCAUCACACACCUUCUCCCAUGCAGAACAUUCAGCUUUCUUGCUUUCUGCCUGCAUUGUACUCUGAACAGAUGUCAUCACUGGAAUUCCUUUAGCAGUGGUAGCUAAACUUAGAGCCAGGCAUCUUUUUCCUACCAGUAGUCUGUCAAAGAAUAAAUGGAAUUCAUUUUG